CAGAAGGUACAGUACACGAGACCGCUGACCACGAGAUGACACCAGAAAGUGGAUACUUUGAGAAGUUUGGCAAGCUAACGAUUCUGCCACAGGAAGCGGACAGUAUCGAGAAGGAGAUCGAUCGAAUUAUCGAAGCCGGAACACGGGAGCAUCCACUGCACGUGCUCGAUCUGGACGAUGUCGUCCAGAAGCACCUGAACUGGCUACGUGUCAUGCCCGGCAUUACUCCGUUCUACGCCAUCAAGUGCAACGAUGAUCCAGCGAUACUGGCCACGCUGGCACACCUUGGUACAGGAUUCGAUUGUGCAACGGAACCCGAGAUACGCACAAUCCUGGAGUUGGGCGUUGAGCCGGAGAGGAUCCUGUUUGCUCAUCCCAUCAAAUCCCUUCCAGCGAUUGCUUUUGCACGAUCGCACGGCAUCAAGCGGAUGACGUUCGACAACGAGUAUGAGCUGGAGAAGGUGGCCAAAGAGUACCCGGACGCAGAGUUAGUGCUACGUAUCCGGCACGAUGACGAUCAAGCGUUGGUCCUGCUGGGCAGGAAGUAUGGAUGCGAUGCUCGCGGAGAUGGACUUCGAUUGAUGGAUCGUGCGGUCGAGCUCGGUGUGAAGGUGAUUGGCGUCAGUUUUCACGUUGGGUGUGGUAGUUUAAAUGCGGAUUGCUUCUAUCAUGCGAUCGAAUCGGCCCGAGUAGUGUUCGAUUAUGCUCGAUCGAAGCUCGGUGUUCGGCUGGAAUUGCUAGACAUUGGUGGGGGAUUCCCGGGGGAUAGCGAUAAACCGAUCCAGCCGUUCGCUGACGCGGUACAGAAGGGCCUACAGGAGUUCUUCCCCAAUGCAGAGGAGGUGAACGUGAUUGCGGAACCUGGCAGAUACUACGUUGGUUCCGCCGUCACACUCCUCUCGACUAUACAGGGCAAAAAGGUGAUCUGCGAUAGGAACGAGUCGGGAGAGCGUGAAAAGAUUAAGCAGAUCUUGUAUUACAUCAAUGACGGUAUUUGGGGAUCGUUGUUUGAUUGGUUGAGCUUAAGACAGAACAGUGAUCUGCAUCGUGCCGUGCCUUUGGCAAUGCGUAAGCGACGUAAUGAACCCAGCUACCGAACCACCAUCUGGGGACCGACCUGUAACUCGCACGACCAGGCUUGUGAGGAUGUGGACUUCCCAGAGCACCAAAUCGGGGACUAUAUCGUGUUCGACAAUAUCGGUGCGUACGGGAUGACCCUUGCUACCAACUUUAACGGGUUCCCCAAACCUACUGUGCAGGUUUAUGUCAGUGAACCGACUUGGACCAUGCUGCAACAGAUCAACGACAAGGACUGGAAGCGCAAAACGCUGUCCUUCCUCGAGGGCACUUACCAGCAGAUCCGAAAUUGACUGGCGCUCGCACGAAGAUUAUGAAGAGCCCCAAAUAAAGAUAC